CUGUCAAAUAGAUAUUUCAAAAAAGAUUAAUAACAAUAAGAUUGUGGACUCUGCGCUGUGAAAAAGUUUAAACAAUGGCGUGCACACUUGUACAGCAGUUUGUUCAAAGACUUAAAACUAGAAAUGAGGAAGUACGUAACAAAGUGGCCAGAGACCUAUGUCUCUAUGUUAAAACGGAGCUGCGGGAAGCGUCUCAAGAGGAGAUUACAGCAUUCAUGGAUGAAUUUAACCAUCACAUAUUCGAAAUGGUUUCUGGAUCAGAUGUAAAUGAAAAGAAGGGGGGAAUAUUAGCUAUAGUUUGUCUUAUUGGUGCAGAUGUAGGAAAUAUUAACACACGUAUUAUAAGGUUUGCAAAUUAUCUAAGAAAUUUAUUACCUUCAAAUGAUGUGGGUGUUAUGGAACUAGCUGCUAAAACUGUUGGAAAGUUAGCAUUAGUUUCAGGUACUUAUACAGCUGAGUAUGUAGAAUUUGAAGUAAAACGUGCCUUUGAAUGGUUGGGCGGAGAUAGACAAGAAGGUAAAAGACAUGCUGCUGUUCUUGUUUUAAGAGAACUCGCUGUUUCUAUGCCAACAUAUUUUUUUCAACAAGUAACUCCAUUUUUUGAACUUAUAUUUAACGCUGUACGCGAUCCGAAACCUGUGAUAAGGGAAGGUGCUGUUGAAGCAUUAAGGGCUGCUUUAGUUGUUACCGCGCAGAGGGAAACUGCAAAACAGAUGCACAAGUCUCAAUGGUAUAAACAGUGCUAUGAUGAGAUAGUAGCAGGAUUCGAGGAAGUGUACACUAGAGAAAGAGGAGUGAAUAGAGACGAUAGAAUACAUGGUUCAUUAUUGAUAUUGAAUGAAUUACUUAGAUGUAGUAAUGUCCAAUGGGAAAGGAAUUUCGAAACUUUAAUAGAGCGAUUAAAUUGCUCCACGCAACAGAACGACAACGAUAUACUAUCACUGAUGCCGCGAUUAAAGACAACUAUAGUAUCCAAGUGGUCUAGUUCUUCUCAGAAUUCAUCCAAUUCUCAGCUACCAUUAUAUCAGGCUCACGAAUCCACAGUUUGUCGUUGUUUGAUGCAAGAAAGAUUGGACGAUAUCUAUAACGAUGUAAUGAAUCAAAGAAUGUCCAGAAAUCUUCACAUUCAACACGCGCUGAUGACGUUGUUGCCAAGACUUGCUGCAUUCAACAAGGAAAAGUUUACAAAAGAUCAUUUGAAAGAAUCACUGUCGUACCUUUUGAUGACAUUGCGUAGCAGAGAAAAGGAUAGGUAUGCUGCGUUUACUACAAUUGGAUUUAUAGCAGUAGCGGUAGAGGAUUCGAUAAAUCCUUAUCUUUCCAAAAUCAUGGAAAUGAUUAAAAGUUUGUUACCAACGAAAGAAACGUCUGCGAAAAAACGUGGUACUUCUUUGGAACCCGCUGUAUUUGUGUGCAUAACUCUGCUCGGCCAUGCCGUGAAACAGGUGAUCACUGCGGAUGUAAGGGAUUUGUUAGAGUCCAUGUUAACAACUGGAUUAAGUCCAAUUCUUACAACUUCUCUCAGAGAAUUAGCUCAUAGCGUACCGUCGUUGAGGCCUGAUAUAUCUCAAGGACUUCUAAGAAUGUUAUCUCAGGUUUUGAUGCAGAAACCAUUAAGACAUCCAGGUGCGCCGUGGACCGCAACUAGUCCGAUUUCUGCAACGCCAACCGAAGUGGAUAUUCCAUCCACGGUUCUAGCAUUGAAGACUCUUGGAACCUUUAACUUUGAUGGUAACCCACUUUUGCAAUUUGUGAGACGGUGUGCAGAUCACUUCCUUACAUUCGAACAGGCAGAGGUACGAUUAGAAGCUGUGAGGACGUGCUCAAGAUUAUUAAGAUUGGCAUUAAAUCAGCCAGGACCUACAGUGACUAAUACUGUCUCUACAGUUCUUGGGAAAUUGUUAGUUGUGGGUAUUACAGAUACAGAUCCCGACGUGAGGUUAUGGGUAUUGGCUUCUCUGGAUGAUUCAUUUGAUAUUCAUCUAGCACAAGCGGAAAACCUUUCUGCAUUAUUUAUCGCAAUGAACGACGAGAUGUUUGAGAUCCGCGAGCUAGCGAUUCGCACGAUUGGAAGAUUGAGCACUAUGAAUCCAGCUUAUGUAAUGCCUUCUUUACGUAAAACACUUAUACAGUUUUUAACGGAAUUAGAACACUCAGGCAUGGGCCGUAACAAAGAGCAAGCUACCCGUAUGUUAGACCACUUGGUCGUUAGCGCACCGAGGCUCAUAAGACCGUACAUGGAACCGAUUCUGAAAGUUCUUGUUCCAAAGCUCAAGGAAACCGAAUCAAAUCCUGGAGUCGUUUUAGCCAUACUCCGCGCUAUUGGUGAUUUAGCAGAAGUGAAUGGUGCUGAAAUGCAGCAGUGGAUGCCAGAACUCCUAUCUAUAUUGCUGGAAAUGUUGGUAGAUGCUAGUUCUCCAGAAAAAAGGGGAGUCGCUUUAUGGGUUUUAGGUCAAUUAGUUGGAAGUACAGGACACGUUGUGAAGCCAUACAUGCAGUACCCUUCGUUACUGGAUGUAUUGAUAAACUUCUUGAAAACUGAACAACAACCUGUUAUCAGAAGGGAAACUAUAAGAGUGCUUGGACUGUUAGGUGCUUUAGAUCCAUACAAACAUAAAAUGAACCUUGGUCAAAUAGAUUCACAAUUGGAUACCCUUACGUCUAUGGCUGAUAUAAAAAGCGAAGCUGAAAGUACACAGGAUCUAACAACUAGUGAAAUGUUAGUGAACAUGUCUUCGUCUACUUUAGAAGAAUACUAUCCUGCGAUCGCCAUAGCAACGCUUAUGAGGAUUAUUCGUGACCCGACGUUAUCGCAACACCACACUAUGGUGGUGCAAGCGGUAACAUUCAUAUUUAAAAGUCUAGGGAUCAAGUGUGUUCCAUACAUCUCCCAGGUGAUGCCUAGUUUCCUGAAUGUUGUUCGUACAGCCGACGUCAACUUUCGCGAGUAUCUGUUCCAACAAUUAGCCAUUCUAAUUGCCAUCGUGAAGCAGCACAUCAGAAACUACUUAGACGACAUAUUCAAUCUGAUCAAAGAGUUCUGGACCGUAAACAGCCCGUUACAAAGUACGUUAAUACUUUUAGUUGAGCACAUUGCAGUUGCACUGGGCGCAGAGUUCAAGAUUUAUUUGCCGCAAUUGAUGCCACAGAUAUUAAGAGUACUGACGCACGAUACCAGCAAGGACAGGUCUGUUACAGUGAAGCUGCUCCAAGCUCUUCAGAAAUUUGGAAAUAAUUUAGAUAAUUAUCUGCACUUGGUAUUGCCACCGAUAGUAAAACUGUUCCACACCGCCGACUGUCCAAUAACCGUUAAUAAGGUCGCUCUAGAAACUGUUGAUCAUUUAGCAGACACACUGGACUUCACAGACUUUGCGUCCAGAAUUGUACAUCCUUUGGUACGAACGCUUGAUCAGUGUCCAGAACUACGAAUUACAGCAAUAGACACGUUAUGCGCACUGGUGAUUCAGUUGGGGAAAAAGUAUCAAAUCUUUAUAUCUCUGGUACAGAAAGUCAUGACGAAGCAUAAGAUUGUUAAUGCGCGUUACGAUGUUCUGAUCGAUAAGAUUUUGACAGAAACAACCGUGGCAGAUGGCGAAGAUUUCCUGUUGAUGAGGCACCGACAUUCCAGAAAUAAAAAUCGUGAUCUGUCCCUAACGUCAUCGGACACGACCACCAUAAAGAGAUUGCACGUAUCCGCUUCAAAUCUUCAGAAGGCAUGGACAGCGACGAGGAGAGUAUCAAAGGACGAUUGGCUUGAAUGGUUAAGAAGUUUGUCGAUUGGUUUACUUAAAGAAUCACCAUCUCCGGCAUUGAGAUCCUGCUGGGCCCUCGCACAGACCUAUUCUCAAUUACCUAGGGACUUGUUUAACGCAGCGUUUGUUUCUUGCUGGACUGAGUUAGAUGACACGUACAAAGCCGAACUUAUACAAACUUUGCAACAAGCAUUGAUGGUCCCAGAUCUACCAGAGAUAACGCAAACUAUUCUGAACCUAGCAGAGUUUAUGGAACAUUGCGACAAAGGGCCCUUACCGUUGGACAAUAAGAUUCUAGGAGAACGAGCAAUGCAUUGUAGAGCUUACGCGAAGGCUUUGCAUUACAAAGAGGACGAAUUUCAUAAAAGCAGGAAUAGUAAUGUUUUUGAAUCGCUGAUAUCUAUCAACAACAAACUUCAACAAAAGGAGGCCGCGGAAGGUCUUUUGGAAUAUGUGAUGAAUCAGAAUAAUCAGCAGGAUCUGAAGGUACAAGUGCGUUGGUACGAGAAGCUGCACAAUUGGGACAAGGCAUUGCAAUUGUACAGGGAAAGAUUGGAGGGUGAUCCUGCGGACGUUGAAUCUACACUGGGCAAGAUGCGUUGCUUGGAAGCUCUUGGUGAAUGGGGACAGUUGCACGACGUUGCUACUAAGCAUUGGUCGAAUCAAACCGAUGAGACUAAACAGAGAAUGUCCAGAAUGGCAGCGGCUGCAGCAUGGGGUUUGAGUCAGUGGGAAAGCAUGGAGAAGUAUGUUUCAUUAAUACCAAAAGAUACUCAGGAUGGUGCUUUUUACAGAGCUGUUUUGGCAAUCCAUGACGAACAGUACAAUGUUGCCCAUCAGCUUAUCGACAGUGCUCGAGAUUUACUGGACACAGAAUUGACUGCCAUGGCAGGUGAAAGUUAUCAAAGGGCUUACAAUGCUAUGGUGGAAGUUCAGAAGUUAGCAGAAUUAGAAGAAGUGAUACAAUUCAAAUUGGUUCCUGAAAGAAGAUCAACUAUUAAGUCGAUGUGGUGGGAGCGGCUUCAAGGUGGGCAAAGAAUAGUCGAAGAUUGGCAGAAGAUAAUACAGGUACACACGUUGGUAGUUUCACCACAGGAUGAUAUGUACACAUGGCUGAAGUACGCCAGUCUCUGUAGAAAGAGUGGCAGCUUGAUGUUGUGUCACAAAACAUUAGUUAUGUUGCUUGGGACAGAUCCAUCGUUAACUCCUGAUCAACCAUUGCCAGCCACUCACCCUCAGGUGACUUUUGCUUAUUGCAAGCAUAUGUGGGUUGCUAAUAAACGGGAGGAAGCGUACAGUCAACUCCAGAAAUUUGUACAGACGUCCCUGCAACCAACAACUGUAUCCGUGAUCAAUCAGGAAGACGAGAAGCAACAAGAAGCUAGGAAGAGAUUGCUUGCCAGAUGUUAUCUGAAACUUGGAGAAUGGUUGGAAGCUUUGCAAGGUAUAAAUGAACAGUCUAUACCAGCUGUGUUGUCUUACUAUGCUGCAGCUACGGAACACGAUCCAACCUGGUAUAAAGCGUGGCAUGCCUUUGCCUACACUAAUUUUGAAACUGUAUUGUUUUAUAAACAUCAGCAGGGUGAUUCGAAUGUAGAAAACGCUCCAGGGAACGGAACACGCAGUAAUCUGUCCAGCUCGCAGUAUAUAUCGAAAUUCACUGUACCGGCUGUAGAAGGAUUUUUCAGGUCUAUCAAUCUCUCCCAUGGUAAUUCUUUACAAGAUACUCUUCGGUUGUUGACGUUGUGGUUCGACUAUGGUCAAUGGCCGGAAGUGUACGAAGCCAUCGUCGAAGGAAUCAGAUUGAUCGAAAUCAACACUUGGCUACAAGUGAUCCCUCAGCUAAUAGCAAGAAUAGAUACACCUAGAGCUUUAGUUGGUCGCUGUAUACAUCAUCUUCUAAUAGAUAUUGGAAAAACACAUCCUCAGGCGUUAGUUUAUCCCCUGACUGUGGCGUCGAAGAGUGCUAGCCAUGCUCGAAAAACGGCUGCGAACAAAAUCUUGAAGAGCAUGUGCGAGCACAGCCCGACUUUGGUGCAACAAGCCAUGAUGGCCAGCGACGAAUUGAUCAGAGUCGCGAUUCUGUGGCACGAAUUGUGGCACGAGGGCUUGGAGGAAGCCAGUAGAUUAUACUUUGGUGAAAGAAAUGUCAGAGGGAUGUUCGACACAUUGGAACCUCUGCACGCGAUGUUAGAAAGAGGGCCACAAACCCUGAAGGAAACGUCCUUCAAUCAAGCUUAUGGUAGAGACUUAAUGGAGGCACAAGAGUGGUGUCAUAGAUACAAAGCAUCGCGCAAUGUUCGAGAUUUAAAUCAAGCCUGGGAUUUGUAUUAUCAUGUCUUCAGACGAAUAUCUAGACAGUUGCCGCAGUUAACUAGUUUAGAGCUUCAGUACGUUAGCCCAAAGUUACUCCUUUGCAGGGACUUAGAACUGGCUGUGCCAGGAAGUUACAGUCCUGGCCAGACAAUAGUCAGAAUAGCAAGUAUACAUAGUUCAAUGCAAGUAAUAACUAGCAAACAGCGACCACGAAAAUUAUGUAUAAAGGGUAGUAACGGUAAAGAUUACAUGUUCCUUUUGAAAGGACACGAAGAUCUUAGGCAGGAUGAACGUGUUAUGCAAUUAUUUGGUCUAGUCAAUACCCUUCUGUUACACGAUCCAGAUACGUUUAGAAGAAACCUUACUAUUCAGAGAUACGCUGUGAUUCCGUUAUCUACGAAUAGCGGAUUGAUCGGAUGGGUUCCACAUUGUGAUACAUUACACACGCUAAUUAGGGACUACAGGGAAAAGAAAAAGAUAUUACUUAAUAUAGAACACAAGAUAAUGUUAAGAAUGGCCCCAGGAUAUGAUCACCUUAUGCUCAUGCAGAAGGUUGAAGUAUUUGAACAUGCACUGGAGCACACUCAUGGUGACGAUCUGUCGCGACUUCUUUGGUUGAAAUCACCGUCAAGCGAAGUGUGGUUCGAUCGUAGAACGAAUUACACGCGUUCCCUCGCCGUAAUGUCCAUGGUCGGGUAUAUUCUUGGUUUAGGGGAUCGACAUCCAUCGAAUCUGAUGUUGGAUCGUCUCAGUGGAAAAAUAUUGCAUAUCGACUUCGGAGAUUGCUUUGAAGUUGCUAUGACCCGUGAGAAAUUCCCAGAGAAAAUACCGUUCAGACUGACCCGAAUGUUGAUCAACGCGAUGGAAGUAACUGGAAUUGAGGGUACAUACAGACGAACUUGUGAGUCAGUGAUGUCGGUGCUACACCGUAACAAAGACAGUUUGAUGGCAGUAUUGGAGGCUUUCGUCUACGAUCCUCUUUUAAACUGGAGGUUAAUGGACAACGCUACACCAAAGAGUAAGAGAUCCGAUGCACAAGGGAUGAGUGCCAGCAGCAAUCAAGAACACGGCGACACGUUGGAUUCUCUUACCGCCACGUUACCAAAGAAAGGAGUACCGUGCAGUAUCGAGAAUGGAGGUGAUACUAAUCAACCAGAAGCAUUGAAUAAAAAAGCUCUUGCUAUCGUGACAAGAGUAAGAGACAAAUUAACUGGUCGUGAUUUUUCCCAUGAAGAAACGCUGAGUGUUCAACGUCAAGUUGAUCUUUUAAUUCAGCAAGCUACCAACAAUGAGAAUUUAUGCCAGUGUUACAUUGGAUGGUGUCCGUUUUGGUAAACUUAAUGCUACAUGCCUACGCAAAAGCAGCUCUCGAGAGUAUAAUUACAUUUAUUGGAAAGUUGCUCUUUAGUCUGUUGUCAUUAAUAAGUUCUAUUUUGGAGAGUGAUACUCCCAAAUUCACAAGCAGCUCAAAUUUCCAAGAAGAUAUUGGGCGUAUACGAUAAGCAGUUUCGUUCCUGCCUUUGCAUUUUUAUCGUUAAGGAAUAAUUAUAACUGAAACAACAAUAUUUGAUCACUGUUGCACGUGUAUAUAUUAACUAUAUUAUUACAUCGAUUGUAUAUACUAUUCAUAUUACUUCCGCUUAUGAAUUGCGAUGUAUAUUAGAAAAUGACGCACCUUAGAAAUCGCAUGAUAACCGAUUACAGUUAUAGGGUACCUUUUUUCAAUGUAAACGUAAACAAAUUACUCAUGAGAAUAAGAUUAUUCGGUACA